AUGGUUACACCAAACCCCAACAGUGAAAUAGUUACACCAAACCCCUACAGUGAAAUAGUUACACCAAAACCCAACAGUGAAAUAGUUACACCAGUCCCCAACAGUGAAUUAGUUACAUCAAACCCGAACAGUGAAAUAGUUACAACAAACCCCAACAGUGAAAUAGUUACACCAAACCCCAACAGUGAAAUAGUUACACCAGUCCCCAACAGUGAAAUAGUUACACCAAAACCCAACAGUGAAAUAGUUACACCAAACCUCAACAGUGAAAUAGUUACACCAAAACCCAACAGUGAAAUAGUUACACCAAACCCCAACAGUGAAAUAGUUACAUCAAACCCGAACAGUGAAAUAGUUACACCAAACCCCUACAGUGAAAUAGUUACACCAAAACCCAACAGUGAAAUAGUUACACCAGUCCCCAACAGUGAAAUAGUUACAUCAAACCCGAACAGUGAAAUAGUUACAACAAACCCUAACAGUGAAAUAGUUACACCAAACCCCAACAGUGAAAUAGUUACACCAAAACCCAACAGUGAAAUAGUUACACCAGUCCCCAACAGUGAAAUAGUUGCACCAAACCUCAACAGUGAAAUAGUUACACCAGACCCCAACAAUGAAAAAGUCACACCAAACCCCAACAGUGAAAUAGUUACACCAAAUCCUAUCAGUGAAAUAGUUGUCACAUUUUCCUGA